AUGAGAAGCAUUAAGAUAUUAUUAAUUAUAUUCCUACUAUGCAUCUUGAUCGCAAUUGGAAUAGUUGUAUAUGAAAUAAGAGAAGAGAUAAGUAAAAGUGAAAGUGAAACUAGCAGCGAAGCAUUUAAUAGCACAGAAAGUGAUAUAAUAGAGUCAUCUAUCAGUGCUCAAAGAAUUUAUCAUUCAUCCACACAACAGAACAAAAACCAAGCUACACCAAUAGUGGCGCCUGCUGCUGUUGCUAUCAAUCCACGUCCUUCUGUGGACAAUAAACCCCUUAAUCAUACAAUGGCGCCGACACCAUCAAACACUCCUAAAGUAGAAGUAUUCAAUAGACACACUGUAAACAGUACAUCUUCAUUGGGCAAUGUUUCUACUAAAGAAAAUCAAGGUAAUAUUCACGAUUUGGAUUCUAAAAAAUCAAAAGAGAAAACUCAAUGUAUCCAGUCCCCAGUAAAUGUUGAGAAAGAUGAUUUGGCUAAAAAGGCAGCUGCACCUAUAAAAUCCACAGCCAGUGGAAGCAGAUUGUAUCCACGGUUAGAGGAUGAUAUUAAUGACGAAAGAGUUUCUGGAGAUAUUCUACCAAAAUAUGCAGAAACAGUAGUGCUUUCUGCACAUAAACCAACACAAUUAAGUGCAGAGCCUGUUACUUCACAUGCUGCAUUAGACUUGGAUGGCCAGCAGACUACAUCCCUAUCUAGAGGAAUAGAUGCUGCCUCUAGUAUAACUAAAGAAAAAGAAAAGGAGGAACAAAAAGACUCUAGAAGUUCACCAGAGUUAAAACAAGAAAAUGGCUUAAAACAGACUGCCCGUAUAAAUGAGGAAGAGGAAGAAGAAGAAAAGCAUCUAGAGUCUAAUACAUCAUCAUUUGAUAUAAUU